GCGACAUUAUUAAGAUAGAUAUCAAUUUCACUCAGAAACUUUUCGAUCAAAAAUGUUAUUUUAUAUCAUUAGUGCAAUUUUGGUGCUAACACUAAUAUGGUACUACCUUAAAAAACCUUUUACUUAUUGGUCCGAUCAGGGUAUACCUCAAACGAAACCAUUGCCUCUUAUAGGGGACAUGUUGGAUAUGACUUUAGGCCGGAUAGGCAUGCCUCAUUUUCUACAGUCUGUCUACGAUUUAUACCCCAAUGAAAGGUAAUAUUCAAUAACAAUAAUAAUAACAAUAAUUUAAAACAAUUUUUAGAUUUAUUGGUUGGUAUAAAUUUUCACAGCCCAUGUUGAUCAUCAAAGAUCCAGAAAUAAUCAAACAAAUUGCCAUACAAGAUUUCGGUCACUUUACCGACCAUAGGGAUUUUGUAAAACCUGAGCUAGAUUUGUUAUGGAGUAGAAAUCUUUUAGCCUCGAAAGGUGAAAGAUGGAGAGAUUUGCGACAGUUACUCAGUCCGAUUUUCACUUCAAGCAAAAUCAAGACAAUGUACAAGCUUAUGACUGAAGCUGCUAUAGAUUUUAUUGAACAUUUUAAUGCCAGAAAUGAAGAUGUAAUCGAGCUAGACAUUAAAAAAGUUUUCACAAGAUAUACAAAUGAUGUGAUAGCAACUACAGCGUUUGGUGUAAAAGUAGAUUCACUAAACGAACCAAACAAUACAUUUUAUUCAAUGGGGCAGAAACUUACAAAUUUAAGAGGUAUUCUAAAUCUCAUUAAAUUUGUUUUACUGCCAACAAUGCCAAAAAUUUGCAAGUAUUUAGGAAUCAAAUUUCUAAAUCCAACUGCUGCUGAAUAUUUCCAUGAAGUAGUCAAUGACACCAUCAAAGCGCGCGAGGAAAAUCAAAUUGUCAGACAAGAUUUGAUUCAUCUUUUAUUAGAAGCAAGAAAAAAUCAAUCAGAUGUCAACCCAAAACGUAUAGUGGAAAUCAGCAAUACCGAUAUUACUUCUCAAGCACUAAUCUUUUUCUUUGCUGGUUUUGAUACAGCGGCAUCUGCUAUGUCAUUUGGCUGUUACGAGUUGGCAGUGAACAAAGAUAUCCAAGACAGGCUUCGUGAAGAAGUGAUGCAAGUUGCCAAAAAUGGCAGAGUUACUUAUGAGAGUUUACAAGAAAUGAAAUAUAUGGACAUGGUAUUGUCAGAAAUUCUUCGUAAAUGGCCUCCAUUUCCAGACUUAGACAGAGUGUGCACUAAAUCCUAUACAAUUGAAUCUAUCCACAUAAAAAAAGGUCAGCACAUCACUGUGCCAAUCCUCUCCAUACAAAGAGAUCCAAAAUAUUUCCCAAAUCCCGACAAAUUUGAUCCGAAACGCUUCUCUGAUGAAAAUAAACACAGCCUAGUGCCUUAUAGCAGCCUAGCAUUUGGUCUUGGCCCGAGAAUGUGUAUUGGUCGUAGAUUUGCUGAAACUGAAAUCAAGGCUUUGCUUUUCAAUUUGUUGUUAAACUAUGAAAUUGUUAUGACUUCGAAAACUGUGAAGGAAGCAAAAUUGACCUCAGAUAAUUUGCUUGAUAUGGAAGGUGGAUUUCAUUUGGGGUUGAAAAGAAUAAAACCACAAUGAAUAAUUGAUUAUCUUUCUAUUGGUGGAUCAAACAUUCACUUGGAGAAUGUGCCACAAUUUUGAUUGGAUUAUCCUCUCUUUGUAACAUAAACUUUAUAUUUACUAAACGUCUCAGGGAUGUAACUGGCUGAUGUUUUAAGUUUUUAAAUUUUAGUAAUUUUGUACAGUGAUUAUUUUAGUUAUUAGAAAUUGUUUAUUACAUUGAUAAAUUUGUUUUGAAUUUUCUGUAACUGGGCCUUGUCCUAUUAGACAGUGGCGUAGCUAGGCUUCGGCGACGUCGGCGGCUGCCGACGGCCUCGCUCCCUAAGGACCCUCGCAAAAAAUAGGUUACCGAACCCUAAAAAUUGGCACUUUUUGAUUUCCCAAAAUAAAACGGAGAGAACAAAUAAACUUAAUCCUAUACGAAACUUCUAAAUAUCAUAGAAUUCACUGAAAAUUAUUAUUUCUACUGCAAAUUAACCUAGAAAUCUCAAAUCAU